CCACGGCUCGAGCGGGGCGCCUGCGGGUUUGGAAGAGUUGCUGGGCACGGCUGGGUGCGCGGUAGGUUAUGCGCGGUAACGACGGCCGAGGUCGUGGACGGGGCGUCCGACUGGGACCCCGCAGUGAUGGCUCAGGAAGCAAUGAACUGUGAUCUUCAGGUACCAGUAGAACAAGCUCCUCCAACUGAAGUCGUCAGCCAUGGGGCACCUCUUCUCCAGCCUGUCCCUGCUGAACUGGUCAAUAGCCAAGGUGAAGCACUUGUUGAGCCUGCCCCUGCUGAAGUGGCCAGCAGCCAAGGUGAACUGCCCACUCUACAGCCUGUGCCACCAGCAUCCACGGAGGAAGUACAGCCCUCCGAAGAAAAUAUGGAGAUUGUCAAUCCUGGAACUUCGGAGGAGCGUAGUGAAGGACCUGAUGCUAACCGUACUGUCGGAGCCGCUACAGCAGUCUCAAUGAACUACUUCAUCAGUGGGCUGCAGAGGCUUCAUAACAUGCUGGAGUUGCUGAGACCUUCACAUUCAGAACGCAGGGCGGGGAGUGCCGGGCCGAUUAGAACGAGGAGAAGAACGGGACCCACUAUGAGGGCGAGAGCUGGAGGGUCUCAGAGGCUAGACAAUGCCAGGUUGAGAGCACCAGUAUAUACCUACUUUCAGGUAAGCAGGUCUCAGCCUUACCCACCAGCCCGUGCUCGUGAUUCAGAGCCAUUAGGUACUGACUCUGACAACAGCAGCUCUGCAGAGGAUGAAGAGGUAGAAGAGCCUGUCCAGGUAGAAGAACCCGAAGCUGACAUUCCAGAACAAGGAGUUAUCUCAACAGACCAAGAAGCUGCAUCUGUCACAGGAGGUGACGCAGCCCCUAAAGAGCAGUCUCCCCAGAAGCCCAAAGAUGUAAUUUCGGUGGAGGAUGAAGAAGGGGAAACUUGCGCAAUAUGUUUGGAGCAGUGGACCAGUGCUGGGGACCACCGGCUCUCAGCGUUGCGCUGUGGCCACCUCUUUGGAUAUAGAUGCAUUUCCAAGUGGCUCAAAGGACAAACACGAAAAUGUCCUCAGUGCAACAAGAAAGCCAAGCACAGUGACAUCGUUGUCCUUUAUGCCCGAACCCUGAGAGCUUUGGACACUACCGAACAGGAGCGUAUGAAAAGUGACUUACUGAAUGAACAGACACUGAGGAAGAAGGCUGAGUUAGAAUCUGCACAGUGCCGGCUCCAACUUCAGGUCCUUGUUGAUAAAUGCACCAAACUCAAUAACCGUGUCCAGGACUUGGAAAAGAUGGUCAUGCGGUGUCAGAACUCAGCCGAGCAAAGCUCCCAAGGGCUCUGCGGGAGCUGCCUACCCUCCAGCCAGAGCCAGCGCAAAUACAACUCAGAAAAGACCUUCACAGUAUCUCAGACGGGAAACUGCCGCAUCAUGGCGUAUUGUGAUGGUCUGAGCUGCCUGGUGGCAUCCCAGCCAUCUCCGCAGGCUUCUUUCCUUCCAGGCUUUGGUGUUAAGAUGUUGAGUACUGCCAACAUGAAAAGCAGCCAGUAUAUUCCUAUGCAUAGCAAGCAGAUUCGUGGACUAGCUUUCAGCAAUCAGGCCAAAGGCCUGCUCCUCUCUGCCUCCCUUGACAGCACUAUUAAACUGACCAGCCUAGAAACAAAUACUGUGGUGCAGACUUACAACACCGGACGUCCUGUCUGGAGCUGUUGCUGGUGUCUUGACGAAAACAAUUACAUCUAUGCUGGCCUGGCCAAUGGUUCGAUCCUGAUAUAUGACCUACGGAACACAAAUACCUAUGUUCAGGAAUUAGUUCCUCAGAAAGCCAGAUGUCCUCUGGUAUCGCUGUCAUAUUUACCCAGAGCUGCAGUGACUGCAUUUCCUUAUGGUGGGGUGCUGGCUGGAACCUUGGAGAAUGCCUCCUUCUGGGAGCUAAAAACAGACUUUUGUCAUAAGCCUCAUGUGCUGUCCUUGGAGCCAGGGGGCUUUGUAGACUUUCAGACAGAGAGCAGCACCCGACACUGUCUUGUGACUUACAGGCCUGAUAAAAGCCAUAACACCGUACGAACUGUGCUAUUGGAGAUGUCUUACAAACUGGAUGAUGCUGGAGAGCCGGUCUGUUCCUGCCUUCCAGUGCAAACAUUCCUUGGGGGACCCACUUGCAAACUGUUGACCAAAAGUGCCAUCUUCCAAAGCCCAGAGAAUGACGGCAAUGUCCUAGUAUGUACUGGGGAUGAAGCGUCACAAUCUGCCCUGUUGUGGAGUGCUGGCAGUGGCUCGUUGCUGCAGAACCUGAAGACGGAUGAGCCUGUCUUGGACAUCUGCCCAUUUGAAUCGAAUCAGAACAGCUAUUUGGCCACCUUGACAGAGAAGAUUGUCCAUAUUUAUAAAUGGGAGUGAGCACGGUCCUAAGACUUGCAGACACACUGCUAGUUAACAUUGCAUUGUUUUAGCACCUUGUAACCCUGAGCAAAGAUACCCGUUACAUGCUGGAACUGGAACGUCUGGGUCAUGGUUCAUUGGACUAGUGCGAUUGUGUAUCACUGAGACACCAGGCUUGUGUGUGCUGUUGGCACCAAAUGAGUACCUUUGUGAAUCUUGCCUGGAAAUUUUUUUUACUUAAAUUCUAUAGGAUCUUACAGUCCUCUCAACUACUAUUUAGGAUAUGAGUAUGCACCAAGUAUUUUGGGGUUAUGAUAACUACCCAAUCUAAAUUGUUGGCUUAAAAGUGGUACACGAAGGGCCUGUCUAGCUUCUUGGAUGCAAAAGCUUCCAUUAAGCACAAGGGCACUAUUAAUAUCUUGUGUAGAAUUUGACCUAUUUCCAAGUCUGAAUGCUUAUAACCUUUUAGUGACUUGAUUUCGCCCACAGCCCUGCACUGCUAUCUGCCCCCAGUGUCUGGUACUUCGUGUAGUAUGCUUUGUGACAACAAGUUACAUCCCAGGUAUCCACGCCUUCUAGAAUGUUGAUAAGUCCAAUGAUGGAGGUGGCUGAUGAGGUAGCCGUAUGUAAAACCAUAGCUUUAAGCUUUGUGCAGUAAAUUUAUUGCAUUGGGAAAGGUAAGGAAAGGGGCCGGUUGUUACAGACUUCGAUUUUUCUAGUUAGCCUGAGAUACUCAGGGGUUUUUUUACUCCCCUCAAAGUCAAUGCUUAAGGAUUUCUAAUUCCCAAGUAAAGGCUUCCCCCUGUCGCUCUUUUUCCUGAAAAUUUUGUUAAUGAUGUGGUUAUUCUCAGGAAGGUAAUAGUGGCCAGAGAUCCGUGAAUGACAGAAGGGAAGACACUUUUCUGUCCUGGUGGUCCUGAAUUGUCCAGCAUUUAGAGGCAUGCUCAAAUUAUGUUUGUCUACUUUGCCUUAGACUACCCCACUAAGCCACUGCCCCUAGGACACCUUGUCUCAAGGUGUAGGCAACCUGUCUGAUUUUCUCAGAUGUUCUUUGAUGAAGCACUAUCUUUUUAAAUAAAAGUUCUUUCGUGCCUAUCAAACUCCUGAGCUAUUUUUGGGAUCUUCAUUGCCAACAAGGGAUUAUUAAGGGAAAAUUGUUGAUUUUCCCAGGGUUCCAAGUUGUGGCUGUAUCUGCUUAAUGAACCUUCUAUUUGAAGAUGCAUAGUUUGUUUUGUUUUUAAAACUUGAAGUAAGCUUUAAAAAAUGUCCGCUUCCAGCCAGUUGAGAUUGAUGAUUAAGAGUCACUGCCUGGGCCUGGAGCUUCAGUUUCAGGAUAGGAUUUAAAUUAAAUAGAAUUCAACUAACUUCAGCAGAUGGCCACAGAAAAAGCUUGGGUGUCAGGUUGGUCUAGGGCAGGGUUACAAUUUGACUUGCCUUGAAGAACAUUUAACCCAGGCUGACUGGGGGGAUUUGCCACCGCAGAAGCUAAGCUGAAUGUCAAGCUUUGCCAGGUUUUGCAUUUCCACAGUAAAUUUGGAUUGAGGUAGGGGAGUGCUAGGACCUCAACCUGGUCACUUUUUUUUUUUCCUCUACCACUGAGCUGUAUUAGAAGCCCAAAUCUGUGUUUUGGAAGCAGAUUCAUAUUAUGGACCGAUUCUCCAAAGACAACCUUUACCCCUGCUUGCAGGAAACGUCAUCUCUGAACCCAGGCUCUAGUCUUAGCACCAGCAGGAUCUGCAUGUUUUAAAUCUUGUCAUAGGGCAUUGGGAUUUCUGAAGGUUUGCUGUGCUGCGUUUCAAUGUCUGUUUUAAUGUUUACAAAAUAAAAAAUUUGUAAUGUAUAACAUC